AGUUUCAGCUUAAGCAUCGGGGUAGAUGAAGCUUUGGUCAAGGACGAAGGGUGCUUACUCUGCAGCCUGUGCCUCCGACCACAGCAACAAGCAAACUGUUUUACAUGUACAUGUUCUUAUCUUGCAAAUGUGUCAGUUUACGGCGGACAGAUGGCCGCGUGGGCAGCGAUGUGAGCAGAGUUUGAAUUCUGUUGAUGUAACAGCUUUCCCACUGUGCAUCUGUGCGUGUCUCUUUACAGGCAUGGUGCCCACGCCCCAGGUGUGCGUAUCAACCCUGGUCACGGUGAGCACGAUGGCGGUGGUCGACCUCUACCUAUUGGAGCAGAGCAUGCUGGGCACUCACGGCCUUCCAGGACCAAGUGUCUGGCAGUGUGCGGUGGUGUUGCUAGGAGAUGCGGGCUUCCUGCUGGCGCUGCGCUUCGUGUCAGCCGGCGUGGUGUCGGAGGUGCGGUCGCCACGGCGGGGUUUCGCCAACGCCCUAUGGUUCCUCUUCCUGUCCCUGCUCCAGCUCAAGCUCUUCUUCGUCUGCCAUAACUACAGACAGGAACGUCGGCCGCCCGACCCGCUGGCCAGGAAGACCCUGACACUGCUGCUGUCCAUCUGCCUGCCCUCCUUGUUCCUAAUCCUGACUGGAGCUGACCACAUGACCCCUCAGCGCAGGAAGCAGGAGGUGCGGGGUCGGCUGUUGUGGGUGAUCGUGGACCUGCUGGACAUACUGGACCUGCAGGCAGGGCUGUGGGAAGUCCAAGGAGGGGUCUCAACAGGGACUGGAGGGAUUGUUGAACAGCAGCUUCCAAUCUGGGCAGAGGGUCUGGUCUUCUUUUACUGCUACGCCCUGCUCCUGCUGCUGCCGUGCGUGGCCCUCACAGAGCUUGGGGCCACUGGUCUGCCAGGACAGAGGGGGCCCCGCAAGGAGGCUUUGUACCCUUGGCUCAGCUUGGUCACCAUCAAUAUCUUCACCCUGGCUCUGAGGGGCACAGGCAUGCUGUGGUACCGGGACCCCCGUGUGUCCACUGUGUUCCUGGGGAAGAACCUGCUGGCUCUGGCUGUGAAGCUGAGCUCAGCCUGGGAGAGACACAAGCAGGAGCGAGCUGCUGCGGGAGCUGGGACUGUGGCUGGAGCAGGACCAGGAGAGUCAACCCUGCCAAGCCAGAGCUUGGAGCAGGGAGAGGGUGAGGCUCAGGGGAAAGCUCCUCCUUCUCAUUACCACUCACUGUCUCGCUCCCAAAGCCACACACUCUCCCACGUCAGCCUGGAGCCUGCAGAGACGCCCUUAGGACCCUCUUUCAUCUCCCACGAACUCUAGAGAGUCUCCAGCUCUCUGAACAUGCACGCAUGCAAAAACGCAUGUGAGCACACCCACACUCAACACUCAGACCAGCCAGUAUCACGUCCAAACAGAUAACUUG